CAGCUGUCGACAACAGUAGCAGCCAAAUAUGUUAUAUUUUUGGUAGCAGCGUCAAAGAUUAUAGAGGAGUAGCAGCAUCAUCGCCGACGGCAGCAGGACGCGGACGCGCGCUGCACUUCCGGCGCCGAACCGCGCGAGAUCAGAUUUUGCUAAAAAUGGGGUCACAGAAAAAUCAACUGCUUCAAAUCCGCCAAGUUUUUGAAAAGGCCCAGAAAGGACAUCAAAACCUGGCAAAGCUGGUGGCAGGUCUUAAGCAAAUGUAUAAUCAGUUGCAGGAUGAUGCCAAGACUUCUUUUCAUGAAGAUUUUAUCAAUUUGUUGAUGUAUCCCAUGACCAUUUAUAAGCGGGAGCCAGCAGUAGAAAGAGUGAUUGAGUUUGUUGCAAAAUUUGCUACUUCACUUAAACAACCAGUUGAUGAGGAAGAAAGUGAUGAGGAUGACAACUCUUUCUUACUGUUCCUCUUUCAAUUUUUGCUUAAGUCUCACAGUGCAUGCAGCCACUCUGUUCGAUUCCGUGCCUGUCAGCUUAUCAAUAGGCUUCUUGGUAGCAUGUCAGAAAAUGCACAGAUUGAUGAUGAACUGUAUGAUCGUAUAUAUGAUGCCAUGCUGGUGAGGUUAAAAGAUAAGUUUCCAAAUGUGCGAAUACAGGCUGUGCUUGCCUUGGGCAGACUUCAGGAUCCCAAUGAUGAAAACUGUCCAGUAAUCAAUGCAUAUUUGUAUUUGAUUGAAUGUGAUGUCAAUCCAGAGGUGAGACGAGCAGUAUUGUCCUGCAUAGCACCAUCAGCGAGAACUCUUGCUAAAAUCAUUGGCCGUACAAUGGAUGUUAAAGAUAAUGUCAGAAAAUUAGCCUACGAGGUAUUAGCAGAGAAAAUACAUAUAAAAGCUUUUUCCAUUGCCCAAAGAGUAAAACUUCUGAAGCAAGGCAUGGCUGACCGUUCAGAUGCUGUAAAAGAAGUGGUACGGAAAAAGCUGUUGCAGGCUUGGCUUUGCAUGUUGGAUGGCAAUAUUUUGGACUUGCUCCAUUGUCUAGAUGUGGAAAAUUGUGUUGAUGAGGCUGAGUCUGCACUUAAUGCUAUGUUUGCUCAAAGCCAUCUGGAGGAAUUGGUUGAUAAUUGUCAAAAUCUAAAUAAUGGGAAAGUGAUACCAGCAGAAAAUUUAACUUGUGAAAAUGCUCUGUAUUGGAAAUGUCUCUGCAACUAUGUGAAAUCAAUGGGAAAUAAAGGGGAAGAAGCCUUAGAAAAACUUUUGCCUGAAGCAGCUAUUUAUGCAUCAUAUCUCUUGAGUUUCUUGAAAAACCUUCCUGUUCUGAAAGAAUCGCUGAGAGCUGACUUUACCCAAGUUGAAGACGUAAUGAAAAAAGAAUUCAUAAGUCAAGAGUUGCUUAGUCUUGUUGGUUGCCUGGAUACAUCAGAAGAAGGUGGCAGGAAAUGUAUGCUGGGAGUGUUGAAGGAAAUUCUACUCUUGCCUAAUACACCAAGUACUCUUGUAGCAAAAGUGAUGAAGCAAUUGCUCAGCAUCCAGAAAGAAAAUGAUAGAAGGAUUCGACUGGUUGCAGAAAUAAUAUCAGAUAUCCGAGUGCCAACUGUUCAUGUUGAUGUGCCAGAGAAUGCUGAUGAAGAAAGGAGGAGGCAAGUCAAGCUUGCCAGUAUUAAAGUUCAACUGAUAGAAGCAAAACAAGCACUGGAGGAGAGUAUAGCUAGCCAGGAUUUCAUUGCUGCCUCAAAGCUGAAGCAGAAAAUUGAGGAAUUGGAAAACUUCAAAACUGAAAUGAUUAAGGCAACUGAACAACCAGAAGUUAAAGAAAAUUUCAUUGAAAAGGAUGACCCUGAAACAAUGUUAAAAUGCCUGAUCAUGUGCAAUGAGCUUCUCAAACAAAUGGCUGUUACAAAGGGUUUGGGUCCAACUCUCGAUGGAAUCACAGAAGCUUUGAUACUACCAAGUAUUGCAAAUGUUAAUCCUGCUGUAAGAAAUCUGGCAGUCUUAUGUUUGGGUUCAUCAGCAUUGCACAACAAAGAUUUAGCGAUUCAACAUCUGCCACUGUUAUUGCAGAUUUCUCAACUUGAUGAGGCCAGGGUGAAAAUCAGUGCAUUGCAAGCAGUUUUUGACAUUCUGCAAGUAUUUGGAAUUGAGGUUUUCAAACCUGGUCAUGACAAAUCGCAAGAUAUACAAAACGAGGAGAUUGGUGAUGAAACUGAUAAAUCAACAGCUGCUGAACUUACAGAAUCUGCUGUCGAAACAGAUACCGUUAACAGUAUCCUUAAACUGCUCCUAGAAUACUUAAACAGUGAGAUAACAGAACUGAAGACUGUAGCUGCUGAAGGAUUUGCUAAACUGCUUUUUUCUGGAAGACUUUCAAGUCCCAAGCUCCUUACCCGGCUUAUUUUGUUGUGGUAUAACCCUGUGACUGAAGAUGACACCUUCCUUCGACACUGCCUAGGAGUUUUCUUUCCUUUGUAUGCAUUUACCAACAGGAAAAAUCAAGAAUGUUAUCAGGAAGCUUUCUUACCUACAUUGAGGACCCUGUUCUAUGCACCAGCUUCUUCUCCUUUAGCUGAAAUUAAUCCCCUUAAUGUGGCAGAGCUUUUUGUGGAUUUGUCCCGUGUCAGUGCAACUAAUUCGCUGAACAAAAAAAAUGAGGACCAUCAGGAAUUUACAAUUCACGACAACUUGGCUGUGAAGAUCUGCAAAGAAAUAUUGAAGGAUCCAGAUUCUCCUGAUAUUCGGAUAUUGGUCAAAAUUCUGGGGUUGCUUGAACUCUCUCCAGGGCGAUCACUAUUGACCGAGCAGCUGCAUGUUCUCCUGGCCGACAUUAAGGAACUGAAAAACAAAGUAAAUCAGCGAGUCAUUGAGAAAAUUAUGAAUCACCUAAAUGGAGGAUUACAAGAGAGCGAGAAGUGUAAAGAUGACAACACAAUGGACAAAACUGAAAUUGACAAAGAACAAGGUAAAAAUUUGUCAACUGCCAAGUCUGCAACCAGAAGCAGAAGGACCAAGAGAGUACCAGAUUCCCCUGAAAGUGACAGCCACGUAUUUGUAACUCCAGCCCCUUCAGUAUCAUCAAGACCUUCAAGACGAGCAAAGACUGCAGCACUAGAAAAAACAAAAAUGAACCUUUCUCACUUACUGAACAAAGAAAAUAAUUAGUCUCAUGGCAUAACAUAACUAACUGUUGUGUUUUUUUUUAUAUGGCCAAAUAAAUCAGAUGUUGCAUUUAUUCAAUAACAUUAAAUUGAAAUUAUAUUUAGCAUUUUUAACUACCAUGUCAUACCUCUGCAAGGUGCUAAUAUUUUGUUGAAGAUGCUCCCUGAUAUCACAACCUAUAUCUUGAUAGGUUGUGAUGAUAUGAGUAAUAGAUCAGGCGUCAGAUGUUUUAAAAUGUUAUUUUUUUCCAAGAUAAAUAUCUUUCCACCAGGCUCUUACUUAAUGUAGGUGCUUUAUUAAUUUAAGCUACAAAUAAUGGCAAAAUUCUUAAUUGAUUCAUUUCAACAGUUUAAAAAAUUAAAUGGCUAAUUAAAUAUCUAAGAAUUACUUGAGAAGGCCAUCUUUGGCCUUGUGCAGUCUGACUCAUUUCAUGCUACUCGUAUAUAAACCAAUAUUAUUCUGUACAAGUAGCAUACAAUUGUCAGUAUAUUACCAGUAGAAAAUAUUAAAAUGAUUUAAUUAUUAUUUCAGUGAAAAAUCUCCUUGACUGAGUUUCUUUUCCCUGCUGUUAUGUGGUAACAUUUUGUUGCCUGUAGCUGAAGUUGCUUCAAUGUUAUUGCAAAUUAAACAUUUCUUUCAAAAUUGAA